CCCCAGAGUCGUUUUCAGUUUAUGCCAACGCUCUUCUUAAUGGCAUAGAAGUUUUUAAGAUUAGUGGUGGUGAUGGCAAUCUCAACUUAGCGGGGGACUUGGACCGACGACUCCGGUCCAGUCUGCUCCGAUAAUGAAGAAGAGAUAUUUCCUCCGAGCCAGUCACCCACCACCAUCACUCCUCCUCGCCACCAUCCUCCUCCUCCUGCUCUGUCGGUGCAGCGCCUACCGCUCCACCAAUGAAAUCUUCAUCAGCUGUGGCUCCGCCGAUGACUCCCCUACCCCAGACCGCCUCUGGAUUGGUGAUGAUGACCCGAAGUACUCCCCACUCGACCACCAAAAGUCCCUCACCUUCAAGGCCAACGUCCCGCUUAGCUCCAUUUCCCAAGUCCCUUACACUACCGCUCGCCUCUCCCGCUCCGAGUUCUCUUACUCCAUCCCUGUAACAGCAGGGCCCAAGUUCAUCCGCCUCCACUUCUUUCCCUUCGACUACAACCAGAACUUCCCCCGCUCUGACGCCCUCUUCUCCGUGACUUCCGGCCCUUUCACCCUCCUCUGGAACUUCAGCGCCCCGCUCGUGGCUGAUUACCUCCGCAAUCCUCUGUUCUCCAAGGAGUUCUGCUUGGUGGUUGAGGACAACCAAAAGCUGAACUUGACCUUCACUCCAAGCACCGAGCAGCCCGAUGCAUAUGCUCUCAUCAAUGGGAUCGAGAUCGUCUCCAUGCCACCUGAUCUUUACUACGGAAAUGGCACCGUGGGUGGUCGGCGCGAAGUUGAAUUUCUCGGCAAUUGGGGCAAUCCGUUGACAUUGAAUUACACAAAUGCUCUGGAGACGGUAUACCGCAUAAAUGUUGGCGGGACUAUGAUUAACCCCAAUGAUAACACUGGUAUGUUCCGGUCUUGGACGGGUCCGGACGAUGACUACUUGACUGAGGACCUUAGCAGUGUCUUGCCAGCCAACUAUUCCAUCCCCCUUGUCUUUGAUCACAUUCCUGAAUAUGCUGCCCCAGAGGAUGUUUACAGAACCGCAAGGUCUAUGGGAACCAACAGGAGCAUCACCACCACAUACAAUUUAACCUGGUCUUUCCAGGUCGAUUCCAACUUCCAUUACCUCAUCAGGUUACAUUUCUGUGAGUUUCAGAGAGAGAUAAGCAAAUUUGGCGAUCGUGUAUUCAAGAUCUACAUAGCUUCCCUGGUAGCUGAUUCGAAGGCGGAUAUUAUCAGGUGGACUGGAGGAAGAGGAAUUCCUAUUUACAAAGAUUAUGCCGUGUAUAUGUUUGCUCCUACGAGCAAGAAGAUUAACCUCACCGUCUCACUCCACCCAGGCCCAGAGCAGUAUUCCGUUUAUGCUGAUGCGCUUCUCAAUGGCGUAGAGGUUUUCAAAAUCAGCAGUGACGACGAUGGCAAUCUGGCUGGGCCUAACCCGGACCCCAAACGGAUUCCGGAUUCAGUUCAGCCCCAUACAGGUUCAGGAUCCUCAAAAUCCGGUGGCAUCAGUAAGAAGGUGAUAGCCGCCAUCGCAGGCGGGAGCGUUUGUGGUGCUUUGGUGCUCGGUCUUCUGUGCUUCCUUACUUUCCGUGUAGGGAGCAGUAGCAAUGUUCCGAGUUAUUCUGACAAGGCCUUGCCAUGGGGGUCGCAGUUGUACACUACCACCUGCUCAUCGACCAAGGUUGUCCACUCAUCACUGCCAGAAGAUUUAUGCCGCCGCUUCUCGCUGGCAGAGAUCAAGGCAGCCACAAACGGCUUCGACGAGAUCUUCAUCAUCGGGGUGGGGGGCUUCGGGAACGUGUAUAAGGGCUACGUGGAUGGCGGAUCAACACCAGUGGCAAUCAAGCGGCAGAAUCAUGGUUCCCAACAGGGGGUCCGAGAGUUCACGACCGAGAUCGAGAUGCUGUCUCAGCUCCGCCACAUCCACCUGGUUUCCCUGAUCGGAUACUGCAACGACGGAGGAGAGAUGAUACUCGUGUACGACUACAUGUCCAGCGGGACCCUCCGGGACCAUCUGUACGACACGGAGAACCCUCCCCUCUCUUGGAAGCGACGGCAAGAGAUCUGCAUCGGAGCAGCAUGGGGAUUGCAGUAUCUCCAUAUGGGUACGAAAAACAUGAUCAUCCACCGCGACAUUAAGACGACCAAUAUCUUGCUCGAUGAGAAAUGGGUGGCUAAGGUCUCCGACUUCGGUCUCUCUAAAAUGAAGACCUCCGACACGUCCAAGGCCCACAUCACCACCGUCGUGAAGGGUACUUUCGGGUAUAUGGACCCAGAGUACUUCAGAUUCCAACAGCUUACCGAGAAGUCAGACGUGUACUCAUUUGGCGUUGUGCUACUCGAGGUGCUGUGUGGUCGGCCGCCGGUCAAUGCAAGUCUCGAGUUUGAACAGAUCAGCCUUGCAGGUUGGGCGCAGAGCUGCUACCAGAAGGGGACCCUCGACCAAAUCAUUGAUCCCACUGUAAAAGCCGAGAUCACACCAGCCUGUUUAGGGAAGUUUGCUGAGACUGCGAUGAGCUGCCUGCACAAGGAGGGGAUGCAACGACCAUCAAUGAACGAUGUUGUCCGGAGCCUCAAUCUUGCCCUGCAGCUGCAGGAGGGUGCAGUACGGCAGGAGAUAACAUCACUAGCGCCAACAUCAAUGACGGAUGGAAGGCUGCAGGACGAGGAGGACACCGAGUCAUUAACCGACACAGAAAGCGAUGAUGAGGUCCUGGAAUUAUAGCUAACUAGUCGGGGUCACAUUGCCGAUGAGAUCAAGUUCGUGCUCUUCAUUAUUCUGUAACAUAAAGUGACAUGAACUAGUGAUUGUGAUUUUUCUCAGUAAUGUAUAAUUUGAGUUUCUUGCAAGGCAAAUAAGCGAAACUUUUGGAAAUA